AUGAAGAUUGAAGGUCGCACAUUCGUCGUCACCGGAGGCGCCUCCGGCCUCGGCAGGGCCACCGUCGAGAUGAUCGGCCAGAACGGCGGCAACGUCGCCAUCCUCGACCUCAACGAAACCCUCGGAAACACCGCCGCUUCCGAAUUCAGCUCCUUCGCCCGAUUCUUCCAAACCGACGUCACCGACACCGACAGCAUCUCCAAGGCCGUCGCCGGCACCAUGGCGUGGAUUGAGAAGACCGGCAAGCCUCUCGGUGGUAUCAUUCCCGCUGCUGGCAUUGGCAACCCCUCGUUGAUCCUCGACCGCCACGGCUCCCCCUUCAGCCUCGACCACUUCGACUUGGUCAUGUCCGUCAACGUCCGCGGCACAAUCGACACCGUCCGUCAAUUCCUCCAACACCUCGCCAAGACCACCCCCCUCGGCCCGGACAACGAGCGCGGCGUCGUCGUCCUCGUAGCCUCCGUAGCGGCCUUCGAAGCGCAGAGGGGCCAAGUCGCCUACGGAGCUAGCAAGGGAGCCAUCGCGGGCAUGACGCUGCCGAUGACGCGGGACCUCUCGCGCUACGGCAUCCGCGUCGUGACGAUCGCUCCCGGCAUCUUCUCGUCGCCCAUGGAGGCCAACAUGAGCGAGAAGGUGAGGAAUCAGCUGCUGAGGGCUACGGAGUAUCCGGCGAGGCAGGGGCAGGCGCCGGAGUUUGCGGCGUUGGUGAAGCAUGGGAUUGAGAAUGUUAUGUUGAAUGGGACGGUGAUUCGGCUGGAUGGUGGGAUGAGGAUGCCGAGCAAGUUUUAG